GAGGGUUGGAUGGAACCGGCGGCACCAGCAGACGGGUUCUAACAGAAACAAGUUGUUGAUUCAGACCAGAAGCAGCAGGGGAGUCCAGGUACACAGAUUUAUCCGAGUCCAUCCUCCAUUUGAUGAGGAGAAGCCGCCGCCUCGUCUUCGUCCUAAGUCCAGACUUCCCUGCAGAAAAGAGCUUGAGCCUCCAUGAGGGCCGUCUGGGCCUGUAUCUUCAGCAAAUCCACCAGGCCUCCAUUGUGGCUGUGAUUUAUUGCUCCGUUAGUAAACUGCACAGCGUGGAGGUGGCUCAGCUCCGCCAGUCCUCCACCUGCAGGGUGACGUGGCGGGGAGGUCGGUCGGAACCGAGGCACUCCCGUUUCUGGCUGAGGCUGCAACUGGCUCUGCCGGUCCGGCCACUCGCUCUGGGCAGGAGGCUGAUUGACAGCACUUCAUCUCACUCGGAUCUGGCUGCCCUGGCCCUGCACAGAGCCCACCGACUCCAGAACAGGACUGGGACGACCAAUCAGAGCCACAUCAACGAAAAAGCUUCAGCCGAUCAAAUCCGCAGGGGCAGAAGGACCCUGCCUAGAGGGCGACCCAGAGUGAGGAGGGUGGUGGGGUCCCAGUACAGCAGAAGAUGUUCAGGAUGCACUGGGUUCACGAGCCAGGUGGAGGGAGGACGAGCGGAGCUUAGAGUGGAGACAGAGGUGCAGCAGGUGCCAUGUGAUGCAGAAUCAACCCAGAUCCCGGACUCUGCCUACAAUACUGACUACACUUCUAACCAUGCCCCUUUAGCAGGCCCCACCCACUUCAACAGUCAACAAGAGGAAGCGGGUAGCGUCAUCAAGCAACAGCAGGUGACUGGUGCCAGCCUGUCAGAGGAAACUGUGGGCAGAAAAGAGGGAUCCACUUGUGGGGAAGAUGCCACAUGCCCUGUCCCUGUGGAAGACCCCAACUGAUACCCAAUCACAAACCUCGCACUCAGUGGCGACUCCAGAAAUGUUUUUCUGCAGGUGCUAUGAAGGAGCUAGUCUUUUUAUUGCGGGCGCUAUGAAGGAAGUGGUCCUAUUGUUCUCUAAAACACCUUCAACACUAGCAGAUACACAUGCGUGCACAACACCUCAACAACACCUGAAACAAUCAUUAAUAUACAUCAUAAACUUAUGAACAAUCGCUGACUUUUCCAUGAAAUCAUAAACACAUACAGCCACACAGAAAACCGUCUAUAGUGUUGCAAGGUUAGCUAACGUUAGUGUUAGCAUUUCCAGCGGCAACACCCUGGACUGCUGCGGCGGUUGAGGGUUGACUCUCUUCAUCCAGAUCUGUAGGUUUUUGUGGGUCUGAGAUCACUUCCAAACAUUCAUUCGUUUCUGACUGAACCCGUGGACAUGUGGUCAACAAAAACGAUCCAUCUUACCACUAGCUCUACCUCUCACUCGUUCACAAGUGGAAAAUUAGGUCAAAGGUUAACAUCAAUUUCCUGUUUUGGUUUAAGUUUUUACUAUCUAUAUGUUAAUUUACUGAUUAUUUUUGUUUUGUUUGUUAAAUAUUAUCACAUCCACACGUUCAAUUAAAAUUAAAUUGUAAAAAAAAAAAUCUAAUAUUUACUUGGGGGUGCUAUGGGGGUGCAAUGACUAAUCCAGGGGUAGCUAUAGCACCCCCUAGCGCCCCCCCUGGCGCCGCCACUGCUAGUCGCACUGCGCCCCGCGGUCUUCUGUGAAGUGCACUUGGAGGAACGCACAGCACGGCUUCGAGUGAGUGUUACACAGGUAUACAAACAAAUGCCAGAUUGGGGCGGGGAGCACUUCAUCAUUGACUGCGCUGCACACCAGGAUGCCGGCUGCUGUGCUACAUAAAAACAAAAUCUUUGACAACAGUUAUCUGAAAUAAAUGUACAUGUUGAGUAAAUGUCAUUGUUGCUUUGUCUAAAACAUUCAGAGUAUCAACUAAUCGUCCUAAAAUGAACUAAUUUCAGUUGAAAACGCAUAUUUUCAGAAAAGGCACAUGAGCCUUUUUUCCCAAAAGCAAUGGAUUGUGGGUAACACCCUUCGCCCAAGUUGGCAUCAUGUGGACUUGGGUGAAGUGCGGAUCAAGGGCGCAAAUGGGCCGUGAUCAACUUUUGCACUUGAGAAUCGGGACACCCUACGCUGUCACGCUCCUGUGGAAGUGCAAGUAUUGGGAUUGGGCCUAAAUCUCAGAGCAAUGCUGCGUUCAAGUCAUGUGGGAAACAAGAGCCACGAACAAAAACCUAACAACAGCCUUACCUGCAGUCACUCCUCAAGGUGGCGCUGUAGAAACGCUGGAAGAACCCUCUGGUUGGACAGUUUCGGGUUUAGUCUUUGACCUUUCAGCCAAGGAAAAGCAGAUUCCCUUUAACUUGUGUCAGAUCAUUUUCUAAAAGUUUGGUUUAUCAGAUAAUCAGGAAUGUUUCUGCAUGCCAGCUGGAAGGAUCUGAGGAACACAUUUAACUUCAGAACUUUCGGAUGUUUCACCUGCAGAAAAGUGUCAGAAUUUAAACAGUUUGUGUGAAACUGGACUAAAAAACCCAAAAAUGUGAAUAGUGAUAUUGUAUUCUUACAUGUUUUCUGUACCAAGCCUUCUGUGAUGAAAAAUAAAAUAUGUUCAGUUUAGAUCAGAAAUAUUCCAGCUGAUGAAUAUGUGGAGUUUAAUCCAAUCUAAAACCAGACUCCCAAAGAAAUCAGGUUUUAAUCCAGAUCUCCAUCAGAGUGGCUGAAGGUCCUUCACUGAUCCCAUCAGGUGGACUGCUGAAGCAUGAGUUCCAGAUGAGCUGAGAGCCCAAAAAGAAAAGUCCAAAACAAGAGCUGGUGGUCCCGAAACCCCGGAGAUCCAGGUCUGGAAUGUGUUUUUGCAAGAGCUGGAAACUGGACCUCGAUCAUUUGAACGUUUCUGACUAACAUCUCGUGGAGUCCGGUUAGCUAACGUGACCUGAACAACUCAGAAUUCUCAAACACAUCUGGAUGAACAUCUGUCAAACCCAAUCAAGAUGGCCGCCACAGCGGUCCUACAUGAAGCCGAGAGGUGUGACAGCCAACGGAGACGAUCCUACAGAAACUGCUGAUGUGAACUCCUUUGGUGAAGGGCAGAAUUUUUGUUUUUAUCAUCUGCUGUAGUCCAGAUGUUUUAAGCCUAUUCUGUUAAAUUCUGACAUAAUUAUAAGAUUCUUAUAACUUUGGGACGUUUUCUCGGAGCACAGCACCCUCUGCUGGUAGAAUCGGGUUUAACCUUCGAAUCAAACUGUUGACACGUCACAAUAAAAAUGUAAAUUUUGAGUUAGAGCUGCAGGUUUUUUUUUUUUACUUACUUGUUUGAACAUCAGAGGAAAACAGUAAAGAUCUGAGCUGAAUGACCUAAAACCUGAAGAAUUACAGUCUGAACGCCAAAGGAGGAAGGGGUUGUGUUUCAUUCCGCUUGUUCUAACAGAACCUGCAGGUUUCUGCUGAUUCAUCAGAACUCGUCCUCCUUGGCUGGAGCCAUUAAUCCUGCUCCUGAGAGGUUUUUAAACACCAACAGCUGCAGCAGGAGGACCAGCGUGUCCUCUAUAUGCUAAUUAGAUGCAAUCCAUAGAGUUGUGUAUUUACCAUUUUUAAAAGCUGAACUAUUCAUUUAAAGCUUCAAAAUUCAUCCAGCUUUUAUAUUUGUGAUUCAGAGCCCUGGUGUGUGUGUGUGUGGGGGGGCACCUCCAAGAUUUUCAUGUUCCGUUUGACCUCCACUGCCCUUUCAUCCAGAAGUUU